CCUGUCAACGUCACACAGUUUUGCUUCUCUCGCUUCUCUGUCUUGCUCGGCGUUGGAAGCAGGAGCGCCAUGUCACUUCGCGCAUUAAUCCGCCAACUUCGGACUCCUCUGAGGGCAGUUCUGCGCUCACGGACUCUAAUUACCGGGCGAACAUACGGGGCCGUCGCGCACGCCCGCUCUGUGCUGGAGAGCGAGCUCGACGCGAUCCGCGCUGCGGGGACCUGGAAAGGAGAGCGAGUGAUCACUUCCAAACAGGGGGCUCACAUCAGCGUGGACGGCAGCAGCGGGGAUAUACUGAACUUCUGCGCCAAUAACUACCUGGGCCUGUCCAGUCAUCCAGAGGUUAUUCAGGCUGGAAUAGAGGCGCUCCAGAAGUAUGGAGCCGGGCUGAGCUCUGUCAGGUUCAUCUGCGGGACUCAGGACCUCCACAAGAACCUCGAGCAGAAGCUUGCACAGUUCCAUGAAAGAGAUGAUUGCAUCCUGUAUGCCAGCUGCUUUGAUGCUAAUGCUGGUCUCUUUGAGGUCCUUUUGGGCCCUGAAGAUGCUGUGAUAUCUGAUGAAUUGAACCAUGCUUCAAUCAUUGAUGGAAUUAGACUGUGCAAGGCCAAGAGGUUUCGCUACAAGCACAUGAAUCUGAAAGAUUUGGAGGAGAAGUUGAAAGAGUCACAGUCUUCUCGUUUGAGGCUGGUGGUGACAGAUGGAGUAUUCUCUAUGGAUGGGGAUGUGGCUCCUCUAGUGGGCAUCUGUGACCUUGCUGAGCAGUAUGGAGCCUUGGUCUUUAUUGAUGAAUGCCAUGCCACAGGCUUUCUGGGCCCUCGAGGCCGAGGUACUGAUGAGCUUCUAGGGGUGAUGGAUAGAGUCCACAUAGUGAACUCCACUCUCGGAAAAGCCCUUGGAGGGGCAGCAGGUGGUUAUACAGUUGGACCAAAGUCUUUAAUUGAACUACUCAGGCAGCGCUCUCGUCCUUAUCUCUUCUCAAACUCUCUCCCGCCUCCGGUGGUGGGCUCAGCCACUCGUGCCGUGGAGCUGCUCUUGGCGUCCAAUGAAAUUGCACAGAGCAUGGCGGCCAAAACCAAGAGGUUUAGAAACGGCAUGACCCAAGCAGGAUUCACCAUCGCAGGUGCAGCUCAUCCCAUCUGCCCUGUAAUGCUGGGAGACGCUCGCCUGGCUUCUGUCAUAGCUGAUGACAUGCUUAAACUGGGUGUGUAUGUGAUCGGGUUCUCCUACCCCGUGGUUCCUAAAGGAAAAGCUCGUAUCAGGGUCCAGAUCUCAGCAGCACACACCGACUCGGACAUCGACCGUGCUGUGGAUGCCUUUAUACAGACGGGUCGAAAACAUGGUGUUAUAUCAUAACAUCACAAAAAUCACAAAAAAUGAGUGCCUUUCAAGGAUUCCACCUGGAAAAAGAACAAGCAAACUGACUGUUACAGUGAGGCGUAACACUAGAAAUGACUCGGAAAAAAGAAUGCAGCGUACUGCUGAAUUACGCUCAAAGUGCUUUUGUCUUUGUGCUAAUAAAUUCUUUUGUUUACCACA